CUCAAUGAGAUGAGCGGGGUCGAAGCUUGAGUAGCCAUGGCGACGCUGCGGCGGUGGUUUGCUGCGGCGCUGUUGAUGCUCCCGUUGAGCGCGGGCCGCGGCUUCUUCCUCCCCUUGCGCGACCCACAGAGCUGCACUGGGGCUCAGUACUUCGAUAUCGCCAGCUUAGAUUGCAGACGUUGUGGGGAGUUCCAGAAGCAAAGCGUUCAGGGUACAUCAUGUGAAUGUCUUCCAGGAUUCAAAAAAGUUUUUGAUAAAGGUGGAACAUCUAUUACAUGUGAAAAAUGUGCAGAAACCAUGAAUGGAGUUACUCAAGACGGAUGGGACUGCAUUACUUGUCCUAGUGGCUUAACUAUAGAAGGAAAAUGUAUAUGCGCUAAUAAUGAGAUUCUAGUGGAAAGAAAUACUAAUGGUUCACUACUGAAAGCAGCAUUAUGUGUUCAGUGUGAUGGAAAGGAACAGUCAUUUUCAACUGCAAAUACAUUAAAUAACAUGUGCAAAAGAUGUCAACCAACUUUCAUCAGCGUUAACAAAUCAUGUAGCUGUUCUGAGCCAAACAUUUUAACAGGAGGUUUAUGUUUCACAAGCACUGGAAAUUUCCCUCCAAAGGGAGUUGCAACUGUCCGAUUUGGAAAACUAGGCAUCACAUUAAGAUCAGAAUGGUUUUAUAAAAAUCUUCAAGCAUCAGCAGCUGCUUGCUGGCUAUAUUCCAAUCUUACAUCUUGCCAAGCCUUGGGAAAUAUGUGUGUUAUGAACAUGAAUAGUUUGAGCUCUGCCACUCCUGAUGCAUGUGGUUUGUUUCAAUAUGUGUUUGCAAACACGAUUGGACUUGGUACUGUCCAUUCAAUAUCAUUUUGGAGACAGUCUCUUCCAUGGCUCUUCUAUGGUGACCAACCAGGCUUAGCAUCCCAGGUUCUUGAUGGAACGGAGCUUCCUACUAGCUUCACUUUUAAAGAAAAAGAUGAGGAAGUGAAAUUAAAUUUUAUUGCAGCCUCAUACGAUGCAACAGGAAAUUUUCUGAAAUGGCAACGUUUAGAAGAUGGUCUUUUACAGCUUUGUCCAGACACAUUAAUUAGGCUGAAUGCUGCUUAUAAGUUUGGAACAACCUACCAACAAAAGUGUACAAUUUCAGUUUCCAAGAUUUUAAAGGAUUAUGCUGAACCUGUGUUUUAUGAUAUAUUCCUCAAAUAUCACGAUGAAGAAGAUGGACAACAAUACCUUUGGGCUGUGCCAGUGUUAAAUGUGAAUCUUAAGUAUAAUGAAAUAUUUGUAAACCAAGGCAGCAAUGUGAAUAGCUGGUUUUUGACACGGCGUAUAUUAUUGGUGGAUACCUUAAGUGGACGAGAAAAUGACUUAGAAAGCCAGCCAAAAGUAAUCCGAAUUGCUAGUAAAAUAGCAAUAAGCAUUCGUCUAGUGCGGAACACUCAAAGGGGAGCCAUCUAUCCACCUCUGAUAACAAUUGCCUACAGUGAUGUUCUCAUCCAGAAUCCUAAUGCUGAGAAUAUAAUGGUUUCCUUCUCAGUCGAUUAUGAAAUGAACCAGUCAGAGGCUCUCAUUCACACUGAUAUAGCACUGGGUGUUCUAGGCGGCCUGGCAGUUCUAUGGUCCCUUCUCAAGACUGCUGGCUGGAAAAGGCGUAUAGGAAGCCCCAUGAUUGAUUUACAGACAGUUAUGAAGUUUCUUCUCUUUUAUGCCGGAGACCUUGCAAAUGUUUUCUUCAUCAUCACAGUGGGAACAGGGAUUUAUUGGCUUAUAUUUUUUAAAGCACAGCAGUUUGUCUCUGUUUUACUACCUCAGCCAAGUCAAGAAGAUAAGUUCAUUUCUUACGUUGCAUGUGCUUUUGUUCUGAAGGCGCUGCAUUUUUUGCAUCUACUUGUUUCCCAACUUACAGUAGAUAUCUUUUUCAUCGACUGGGAACGUCCAAAAGGAAAAGUUCUUAAGGCAGUAGAAGGAGAAAAUGGCAUAAGAAGUGUUUCUGCACCAGUCAGCAUAUGGAGAACAUACUUCAUAGCAAAUGAGUGGAAUGAAAUUCAGACCGUUAGGAAAAUAAAUCCUCUCUUCCAAGUGCUUGCUGUUCUCUUCUUUUUAGAGGUUGUAGGAUUUUCAAACUUGGCCUUAAUGGAUUCAUCUUCUGGUCUAACUAGAAACCCUGAAAGUUAUAUAGCACCCUGGAGCCGCAUUUUGAGAUAUGGUAUAUCCACUGUACUUUGGCUAUUGAUUGCUGUAAUUCAGGUGGUAUAUUUUUCUGUCAUUUAUGAAAGAUUUAUUGAAGAUAAGAUCAGACAGUUUGUUGAUUUAUGCUGCAUGAGUAAUGUUUCAGUUUUCCUAUUAUCAGAGAGAUGUUUUGGGUAUUAUAUUCAUGGGCGAUCUGUGCAUGGCCAUUCAGAUACAAAUAUGGAAGAGAUGAAUAUGAACCUAAAAAGGGAAGCAGAAAAUCUGUGUAGCCAAAGAGGUUUAUUACCAAAUACAGAUGGCCAGACAUUUCAGAUUUCCAUUUCAAGCAAAAUGAGGCAGCAAUAUGAUAAGAUUCAUGAAUCAUUGACAAGGAAACAUGGUCCUGUUAGGCUUCUCAAUUCUUCUGCAACCACAUUUGAGCAAAGCACAAAAGCAUACCACACUAUGAAUAAAUUUCUAAGCUCAUUUAUUGAUCACGUUCAUAAGGAAAUAGACUACAUCAUAAAGGACAAAUUAUUAUUAGAAAGAAUUCUUGGAAUGGAGUUUAUGGAACCAAUAGAAAAGAGCAUCUUUUACAAUGAUGAAGGUCAUUCUUUCAGCGAUAUUAUUUAUUAUGGCAAUGAAACUACCCUUCUUAUUUUUGAUAUGCUGUUUUUUGCCAUUGUGGAUCUGGCUACUCAGAAUUUUGUUUUAGCAGCUGUUCUUACAUAUUUACAGCAAGAGAUUUUCAGGUUCAUUCGUAAUACUGUUGGGGAGAAGAAUUUAGCAUCCAAGACAUUAGUAGAUGAACGAUUCCUGAUAUGAAUG